AUGCCUUUAUCGGGACUCGAUGAAAUACCCUUGAUAGGGUUAGGCACUUUUCGUCUCAAGGGCAAUGCUGUGCAGCAGCCGCUUCGGGAUGCCAUCCACCUUGGAUAUCGACACAUAGACACAGCCGCCAUCUAUCGAAACGAGAAAGAAAUCGGCUUUGCCCUUCAAGAACUAUACAAGGAUGCUUCAUUUCAGCUUGCUCGCUCGGAUCUCUGGAUCACUUCCAAACUGUCACCCUAUGACAUGGAACUUCCCCGUGCAGCGUUGCUGGAGACGCUAUCACAUCUUCAAGUUGAAUAUCUCGACCUGUAUCUGAUUCAUUGGCCUGGAAUCGCUCGGAAACCGUCUUCGAGUCCAUUGAAUAAACAACUGAGGCUCGAAGCUUGGAACAUGCUCAAUGAAGCCAAACGUGAAGGACUUGUUCGCCACAUCGGUGUCUCCAAUUUCACGCCAAAUCACAUCCAAGAGCUGAUAGCCGAAACCGAAUAUGGAAUCGAAGGUGCUUUCAUUCAGAUGGAAGUCCAUCCUUGGUACUGGAGAGAUGCCAUGGAGAUCCACUCAUGUUUUCUGGAACAGAACAUAACCAUGGUAGGAUACGCAUUACUGGCCGAAGGGAAACUCUUGGCUGAAAGCUCCCUGACUGCAUUGGAUCAAAUAGCACAAAGAUUGGGUGCAAGUCGAGUUCAAGUGACGCUUGCUUGGGCAAUGUCUAAAAAUUGGGGAGUUCUUGUACGGUCCCAGAAUCCGGAACAUAUGCGUCUGAACCUGGAGACGCUGUCCUUGGUUAGCUCUUUAACAGCAGAAGACUGUACUGCGAUUGAUAAAACGUCGUCUCCAAACAACGAGGAAAAACAAUGCUGGGAUCCCAGAAUAGUCACUUGA